CCGAGAAAUUUAUCACUUUGUGAAGUCACACAUUGUGUGUAGUGCUGAAACUCUUAAAAAAGAUUGCAGUGCAUUGCCGGAAGUUGGCCACACCUUGCAUUCACCACAGCAUUGCAGGCUAAGGCCCAAUUUUACAGUCUUCCUUCACCAAAAGCCUUAUCAACACGGCAACAUUUACAAGCAAAUAAAUCUGAUUUCACAAUCGUUGCUUUCGUCACCUUAGAACUCCCCACACUGUUGCCCAACUCCCCAAAACCAUGACGUCAAACCAAAGUGUUGGCACGAGGAGCAGCCAGCAAAACAAGUGAAGAUAAAAGUUUCCCUAAAUGUGCAGUAAGCUUCAAAACCUGGACCCAAAAGACUAGGCACCGACAGGAGCAGCAGCUCUAUCACUGCUCACGAGUUCAAAGGCCCGUCCUUUACUUGUGGGCGGCAUCUCUCAGGCCGCGCCUCGCGUGACGUCAUGGAGGCAGCAACACUCCACAGUAUAUAAGGCGGCGCGUCCCUCCUCGGCCAUCACUCGUGAUCAGCUUCAGUCACAGUCGCCAUGGCUCUCAAGGUUGUCCUGCUCUCCGCCCUCGUGGCAGCCGCCCUCGCCCGCCCCGACACGUCCUACCGCCCUCCCACAUCCUCCUACCACGCCCCCGCCCCAGACGCGCCGCCCAGGUACGACUACAACUACGCCGUGGUGGACGACUACUCCGGCAACAACUACAAUGCCCAGGAGGCGCGCGACGGCUACGACACCCAAGGAUCCUACUACGUGCUGCUGCCCGACGGCCGCCGGCAGAGGGUCACCUACAACGUCAACGGCGACUCAGGAUUCCUGGCCGAGGUAACAUACGAGGGCGAGGCCCAGUAUGCCCCCCAGAGCUACGCCCCCGCCCCCGCCCCCUCCUACAGGCCAGCGCCCACCCCGCCAGCCUACCUGUGAGCACCCCGCAGGACACAAUGUACACAAUUAUUUAUUAAAGCAUUCAUCACCUG